AUGGGACAAGCUUUGGUUACUCCCUUGAGUCUCUCCAUUGAUCACUGGUCAGAAGUCCGGGGACGAGCCCGAAGUCUAUCUGUAGAAGUUAAGAAAAAGGAAUGGAAGACCCUUUGUUCCUCCCAAUGGCCCGCCUUUGGAAUCGGGUGGCCGCCGGAGGGCACCUUUAACCUCUCUAUUAUUUUACAGGUGAAAGGUCGCGUAUGUGACACAAGCCCGGGAGGUCACCCAGACCAGGUUCCCUAUGUAGUUACCUGGGAGAGUCUAGCUACAAACCCUCCUAGUUGGGUAAAGCCCUUCGCGGCUGUUGAUGCUAGCCCACGGCCGCCACCCCUGCCUUCACCUAUCCCUUUGAAUCCCAUUCCCUCAGCUCCCCUGAUAACGUCUUCAAUCUGCCCGCUACGAGAGACGGACACCAACCGAGGAAAGCCGGCGGUCCUCUCCGAUGGUGGUCAGGAAGACCUUCUCCUAUCAUUAGAACCUCCACCUCCCUAUCCCCACAGGCCUACUGGAGGCCACCCAGUUGCAGAGCCGGCAGUGGCGCCAGAAGAAGGAGCUGUGAUGCCUGACUCCACCAUACCAGAGGAAGCGCAGGGGCGUAGAUUACCGAUACCCACGCGGCUCCGGCUGCGUCGGGAGAGGGAAGGGGGGAGAGAGGAGGAAGAGGGAGCAUGGUCAUCUCAGCUAUUUCCCCUCCGGGCCGUAGGAGAACAGAUGCAGUACUGGCCUUUUUUUGCCUCGGAUCUAUACAAUUGGAAAACCCAUAACCCCCCCUUUUCUCAGGAUCCGCAGGCUUUAACAGGAUUAAUUGAGUCUAUUUUGCUGACCCAUCAGCCCACGUGGGAUGAUUGUCAGCAGCUCCUGCGGACACUACUCACUACAGAAGAACGGCACCGAGUACUUUUGGAGGCUCGGAAGAACGUUCCUGGAGCUGAUGGGAACCCGACUCAACUCCCUAAUGAGAUAGAUGCUGUGUUUCCUCUCAAUCGACCGGACUGGGACCACAAUACGCCUGCCGGUAGGGAGCGUCUCCGUCUUUACCGCCAGACUCUGUUAGCGGGUCUCAAGGGCGCUGGAAGGCGACCCACCAAUUUGGCCAAGGUAAGGGCAGUAGUACAGGGGGCAGAGGAAACCCCUGCGGGGUUUUUAGAAAGGCUAAUGGAGGCUUACCGUAUGUAUACCCCUUUUAAUCCGGCUAGUGAAGAAAGACAGAGUGAAGUUAUAAUGGCAUUUAUUGGACAGUCGGCACCGGACAUAAGGAAUAAGUUGCAGAGACUAGAGGGAUUGCAGAAUUAUAAUUUGCAGGAUCUAGUUCGGGAGGCUGAUAAGAUAUACAAUAAGAGAGAGACUCCCGAGGAAAAGGAAGAAAGGUUAAGGAAGUUACAAGAGGAGAGGGAGGACGAGAGAGAGAAAAGGCGUAAUCAGGAGUUAAGUCGAAUCCUGGCCACUGUAGUGCAUAAUAGACCAGAAACAGGGAGGCAGAUCAGGAACCAGGGAGAUGAAAGGCGGCCCCGGUUGAGCCGAGAUCAGUGUGCUUACUGCAAAGAGAAGGGGCAUUGGGCCCGAGAAUGUCCCAAGAACUCACGGAACCCCAAGAAGAUGACCCCCGUGCUGGCCCUUGGAGAUUAGGGAAGUCGGGGCCAGGACCCCCCCCCUGAGCCCAGGAUAACUCUAACCGUGGGGGGACAACCAGUCACUUUCCUGGUAGAUACGGGAGCGCAGCACUCCGUGUUGACUAGCACGGGAGGGCCUAUGAGUCAUAAGACUUCUUGGGUACAAGGAGCUACUGGUGGAAAAUUUUACAAGUGGACAACUGAACGGCGAGUAGACCUCGCCACAGGGACUGUGACACAUUCAUUUCUACAUGUACCGGAGUGUCCCUACCCCUUGUUAGGGAGAGAUUUACUAUCAAAAAUAGGGGCGCACAUCAAGUUCCAUGAGGGUGGAGCUUCAGUUUCCGGACCCAGGGGAGAGCCCUUGUACCUCUUGACCUUGAGAAUAGAAGAUGAAUAUAGAUUGCAUGAGAAGCGCCCCCCCGGAGGGCCUGUCCCUUCCUUGUUGCUGAAAGAAUGGGUGGAAAGUUUCCCCAAUGCCUGGGCCGAGACGGGAGGGGUCGGGUUGGCGAUCAACCAACCACCCCUGGUGAUCAACUUGAAACCCACGGCUUCUCCAGUGGCUAUCAGGCAAUAUCCGAUGUCGAGGGAAGCAUUCCAGGGCAUCAGACCGCAUAUACAGAGACUACUACAACUAGGCAUCUUGGUGCCCUGCCGUUCCCCGUGGAACACUCCUCUAUUGCCGAUAAAGAAACCAGGGACAAAUGAUUACCGACCUGUCCAAGACUUAAGAGAAGUUAAUCAGCGAGUCGAGGACAUGCAUCCAACUGUCCCCAACCCAUACAAUCUUUUAAGCUCCUUGCCCCCGUCUCACACCUGGUAUACUGUAGUAGACCUCAAAGAUGCCUUCUUUUGCUUAAGACUAUGCCCCCAGAGCCAGCCAUUGUUUGCCUUCGAAUGGAGAGAUCCGGAAUCUGGGCUUGCUGGGCAGCUGACAUGGACCAGAUUGCCACAAGGGUUCAAGCACUCCCCCACCAUUUUUGAUGAAGCCCUCCACCGGGACCUGGCUGAUUUCCGCAUACAACAGCCUGACCUCAUCCUUUUACAGUAUGUAGAUGACCUUCUCCUUGCUGCUCCUUCCGAAGAAUCUUGCAUACAAGGUACGAAAGCCCUUCUAAAAAGACUCGGAGAGUUGGGAUACCGAGCCUCUGCUAAGAAGGCCCAACUAUGCCAGACCAAAGUAACAUACCUAGGAUAUGUCCUAGAAGGAGGACAGAGAUGGCUGACAGAGGCUAGAAAACAGGCUGUGUCCUCAAUACCUGCUCCCAAAAGUCCCAGGCAGCUGAGAGAGUUCCUGGGAACUGCAGGAUUCUGCCGACUCUGGGUACCGGGAUUCGCUGAGAUCGCAGCCCCCUUGUAUCCCCUAACCAAACAGGGAACAAAAUUUCUAUGGGAAUCGGAACAGCAGGAGGCCUUCGACCGCAUCAAAGAAGCCCUCUUGAAGGCCCCGGCACUGGGACUCCCUGACGUAACCAGGCCGUUUAAUCUUUAUGUGGAUGAAAGGAGAGGAAUUGCAAAAGGAGUCUUAGUACAAGCAUUGGGGCCAUGGAAGCGGCCAGUGGCCUAUCUCUCUAAGAAACUUGAUCCAGUCGCAGCGGGGUGGCCCCCAUGCCUACGAAUGAUUGCUGCCAUAGCAACUCUGGUUAAGGACUCUGGCAAGUUGACCCUUGGCCAGCAGAUCACUGUGAUCGCGCCACAUGCUGUGGAGGCCAUAGUCCGGCAGCCCCCUGACCGAUGGUUAACUAAUGCUCGAAUGACGCAUUACCAGGCAUUGUUAUUAGCCCCAGAAAAGAUACGGUUUGGCCCUGCGGUCGCCCUGAACCCUGCCACGCUCCUCCCAGACCCUGGAACCCCGGGAGAUGUUCCACACAACUGUCAGCAAAUCCUUGCGGAGGUACACGGAACACGAGAGGACCUCUCUGAUCAACCCAUGCCAGAUGCUGAGGUAACGUGGUUCACCGAUGGGAGCAGUUAUGUGGUGGAUGGGAAACGACGGGCAGGGGCUGCGGUGGUAGACAAUGAAAAGACUAUUUGGUCAAGUGCCCUGGCACCGGGCACUUCAGCUCAGCGGGCAGAACUAAUAGCCCUAACCCAGGCCCUGAAGCUUGCAGAAGGGAAAAAGGCUAAUAUUUAUACUGACAGCCGCUAUGCCUUUGCUACCGCACAUGUGCAUGGGGAAAUAUAUCGAAGAAGAGGAUUACUGACGUCAGGGGGAAAAGAGAUAAAGAACAAAGAUGAAAUUGUAGGACUCUUGCAAGCAUUGUUUCGCCCCAAGAAAAUCAGCAUUAUCCAUUGCCCUGGACACCAGAAGGGAAAUGACCCAACAGCAAAAGGAAACCAAUUGGCAGACUCGGCUGCUAAACGGGCAGCUGAAGAGACUCAGACAUUAGUCAUGGUAGAGACCAUUGUUCAAAAACCCGCUAACUCAGAUGAGACUACAGUCCGACAAUUUGGGACCCUAAAAUAUACCAGCACAGACGAAACCCUGAUACAACAACAUGGAGGGGAAUGGGACCCCAAGACAAGGACUUGGAAGUGCGGAGAUAAAGUCGCUUUACCUCUUAAAAAUUCAAAGGAAAUAGUAAAGCAUCUACAUCAACUUACACAUUUGAGUCGCAGAAAGAUGCUUGCCUUACUAACUAAAGAAGAGUGCCCCUUCCACAUUCUCCGUCUGCCUGGUUUAGUUCAAGAGACUGUAGAUCUUUGCAAACCAUGCGCACAGGUAAAUGCAGGGAGACUCAAGCUCCCCCCUGGGGCGAGAGCACGGGGUCAUCGUCCAGGAAUGUGUUGGGAAGUAGACUUCACUGAAGUCCGUCCAGGUAUGUACGGUUAUAAGUAUCUUCUAGUUUUUGUGGACACCUUCUCUGGGUGGACGGAAGCGUACCCCACCAAGAAAGAAACGGCACAGGUGGUGGUAAAGAAGAUCUUGGAAGAAAUAUUCCCUCGGUUUGGACUGCCACAGGUACUUGGGUCUGACAACGGGCCGGCCUUUGUCUCCCAGGUAAGUCAGAUGAUGGCCAGGGUUUUGGGGAUUGAUUGGAAAUUGCAUUGUGCCUAUAGACCCCAGAGUUCAGGACAGGUAGAGAGAAUGAAUAGAAGCUUAAAAGAGACCUUGACCAAAUUAGCUUUGGAGACUGGCGCUAAAGACUGGGUGCAGCUCCUACCUAUGGCGCUUUUUAGGGCCAGAAACACGCCGGCCCAUCAUGGACUCACUCCCUUUGAAAUUUUGUAUGGGAGCCCGCCUCCCGCGGCUUCCUUGUGUAGCCUUGACCCGGUUUUGUAUCCUAACCCUCCUGCUUUACAGACUCAUCUCCAGGCUCUCCGUGUGGUGCGAGAUCAUAUCUGGAAGCCCCUUGCGGAAGUCUAUCGAGACAAGGAAGUGCCGUCCUGCCCACACCCCUUCAAGGAAGGUGACCUCGUGUAUGUGAGGAGACAUCAGUCAAAGACCUUGGAGCCACGUUGGAAGGGACCGUAUACCGUCCUCCUCACCACUCCCACCGCCUUGAAAGUGGACGGCAUCUCCGCCUGGAUUCAUGCGUCGCAUGUAAAGAGGGCACCACCCCAGGACCCAACUGACUCCCCCUCCACUGCAGAACCACCACUUGGAGCCUGGAAAGUACAACGUUCCCCAAAUCCACUUAAGCUAAGACUUUUAAAAGUUUAA